UGCUUCCGACAUGAAUGGACCAUUGGUUGAUCAGGUGAGUCCGUGAUCCAAUCAGCAACGACUUACCAAAUUUGCCCUCUUCAUGCAGCCAAUAGGAGUCGAGGAAUCUGUCACCGCCCCUCGUUCAUGCCUAUGGCCGCUUCCUAUAGCGUGUACAGACUUUAAACGGCUCAGUAUCGCGUUGUUUUGAAGGACUCCAUGUCAAAAUGUCUGCCGGUGUUAUGCUAAAGAGUUUACAUAAGGUUAGUAGAUAUUCGUUGGCGGUGUCGAGGGCGCCGUUAGUAGCUUCCUACCACACGGAGAGAGGAGUUUUUGGGUACAGACCGCGGAGAGGAAACUCGGAGGACCCGGACGCAGAGCUGCACGCGCUGCUGAACACACACUCCUGUCUCAAUCAAGACCAUGGCCUGGCUCGGUUGGUGGAGGCCUAUCGCACACAUGGGCACAAAGCUGCUAAAAUUAACCCUUUAAUGCCCAAUGCACCUCUUCUGGACAAAGUACCAGAGAUCAGCAUCCUCAAUGGCAGCCUCCCAGGAACCCUUAGAACAUCUGGUUUGAGGCACUUUGGGAAAGUGGAGGCCAGGACGGAGGAGGUGGUUGCGUACUUGGAGGACACCUAUUGCGGGAGGGUCUCUGUGGAGACCAGUCAGCUGCAGAGUCUGGAGGAGAGCGUGUGGCUCACGGAUCGCUUUGAGGAGCUCAAGAAGGAGAGCUUCACUGCUGAAGAGAGGAGGCAGCUGGCGAAACUCAUGCUGGAAUCACAGGAAUUUGACCACUUUCUAGGCACCAAGUUUGCCACAGUGAAGCGGUACGGAGGAGAGGGAGCAGAGAGCAUGAUGGGAUUUUUCUUUGAGCUUUUUCGUUCAGCAGCAAAGGGUGGCGUAAGAGAUGUUGUAAUGGGAAUGCCUCACCGUGGACGCCUUAACUUGCUUACUGGACUUCUGCGUUUCCCACCCGAGUUGAUGUUUCGUAAAAUGAGAGGUCUCAGCGAAUUUCCCGAGAACUCUCCCGCCAUCGGAGAUGUCCUCUCUCACCUCACCUCUUCUGUGGACCUGGAAAUGGGCACUGACCACCCCCUCCACGUGACCAUGCUACCCAACCCAUCCCAUUUGGAGGCCAUUAACCCGGUGGCUCAGGGGAAAACGCGUGGCCGACAACAAGUCAAACAGGAUGGGGAUUAUUCUAACGACAGCCAAGCUAGGCCUGGAGACAAAGUCAUCUGUUUGCAGGUUCACGGUGAUGCCUCAUUCUCAGGGCAAGGAAUUGUGCCAGAAACAUUCACCCUGUCAAAUCUCCCUCACUUCAGAGUUGGUGGAAGCAUCCAUCUUAUUGUGAACAAUCAAGUGGGCUAUACCACUCCCUCUGAGAGAGCCCGCUCGUCCUUGUACUGCAGUGAUAUUGGUAAAAUGGUGGGUUGUGCUGUGAUCCAUGUAAACGGCGAUGAUGCUGAAGACGUUCUCAGAGCCACACGGUUAGCUGUGGAGUAUCAAAGACGCUUCAGGAAAGACGUUAUAGUGGAGCUGCUGUGUUACCGGCAGUGGGGUCACAACGAACUGGACGAGCCAUUUUUCACAAACCCUGCCAUGUACAAAAUCAUCCGCUCAAGGAAGAGCGUCCCUGAUUCCUACGCUGACCAGCUGAUCUCUGAGGGAUUGAUGACUGAGGAAGAACGCAGUCAGAUUAAAACAGCCUACUACUCCUUGCUCAGUGAUCGUCUGGCCAACAUGACCUUCUAUAGCCCCCCACCCACCAACCUGCAGGGCCGCUGGGGAGAUCUGAUGGAGCCACAGAACAGAGUUUCAGCCUGGGACACUGGCGUGGCUGUUCCGUUGCUUCAGUAUGUCGGAGCAAAGUCAGUGGAGAUCCCUGAGGAGGUCCAGGUGCACAGUCACCUUGUGAAGACGCAUGUAAAGUCGAGACUGCAGAAACUUGAAGCGGGAACUGCACUGGACUGGUCCACUGCUGAGGCGCUGGCGUUCGGCACACUUCUCUGUCAGGGUUUCGACGUGCGGAUAAGCGGCCAGGAUGUUGGCCGUGGUACAUUUAGUCAGCGUCAUGCCAUGGUUGUGUGCCAGGAGUCCAAUGACAUGUAUAUCCCUCUCAAUCACAUUGACCCUCAACAAAAAGGCCAUCUGGAGGUGUGUAACAGUGCACUGUCUGAAGAGGCAGUGUUAGGUUUUGAGUACGGGAUGAGUAUUGAACAGCCAAAACUGCUGCCAAUAUGGGAAGCUCAGUUCGGGGAUUUCUUCAAUGGAGCGCAAAUCAUCUUUGACACCUUUAUCUCUGGAGGUGAGGCAAAGUGGUUGCUGCAGAGCGGCAUGGUCAUCCUGCUUCCACACGGCUACGACGGAGCCGGACCCGAGCACUCGUCCUGCCGCAUCGAGCGUUUCUUACAACUCUGUGACAGUAAGGAGGAAGGCAUCGACGGUGACGUAGUCAAUAUGGCCGUGGUGAAUCCGACAACUCCGGCUCAGUACUUCCACCUGUUGAGGAGACAAAUGAUCCGAAACUUCCGCAAACCACUCAUUGUGGCCUCACCCAAAACUCUGUUGCGUUUUUCUGGGGCAGUGUCGAGCUUGGAGGAAAUGGGACCUGGAACUUCUUUCAAGCCUGUAAUAGGCGACACCUCUGUUAAUCCUGAGAGUGUGCAGAGAGUGCUCCUUUGCUCAGGCAAGCACUAUUAUGCACUGCUAAAACAAAGAGAGACCCUGCCUGAGGCAUGUAAGAACACGGCACUGAUCAGAGUAGAGGAGCUUUGCCCUUUCCCCACAGACGCCUUACAGCAGGAGCUCCACAGAUACAGCAAUGCCAAAGAGUUUAUCUGGAGCCAAGAAGAGCCACAGAACAUGGGAUGCUGGUUUUUUGUGUCUCCUCGUUUUGAAAAACAGCUUGCCUGUAAGCUGCGAUUGGUCAGUAGGCCUCCUCUGGCUGCCCCUGCUGUGGGCAUCAGUACUCUUCACCAUCAGCAGCACGAGGCCAUUCUUACGGCCUCCUUCUCCUGAUACACAUAAAAGACUAACCUGACUCUGCCCAGUGCAGUGCAGCACCUGGUGUACGGUACAGCUGCCACAGAGCACCUCUCCCAAGCAGCAUCUGUGCCACAUUUUUAUUCCCUGCAAAUUUUCUGUUAUCAUUUUUCAGUCGACAUUCUUUUAAUGAGUUUUAAUUUAUAUUUUAAGGAUAUUAAGAUGAUGAUCAGAUCUACAGUAAAAAGUCAAUGAAGGCUGUAAUGUAUGCUGUACUGUGUAAAAGUCGUUUCUUGAAUACUGGCAAAUGAUGUAGAGCAAAAGGGGAAUUUUUAGAUAUAGUGUUAAGAGGAUGACUUCUUGUAGUUUACAUACCGAGAACGUGAAAUGUUUAUAAUAAAUGUAGAAUCAUUACAUAUUACACACACACACACACGCACAGUACUGUGUGAAAGGCACAUGCAAAGAAAUUAAAGAAAAGUACUACAUUCAUCCAUCCAUUUUCUACACCUUUUGUCCUGGUGAGGGUGGCGGUGGCAGAAUACUAAGCAGGGCAGACCAGACUUCCCUUUCCCCAGCGACAGAUUCCACCUCCUCCUAGGGGAUUCCCAGGCGUUCCCAGCCCAGCCGGGAGAUAUAAUCCUUCCAGUGUGUCCUGAGUCGGCCUCGGGGUCUCCGCUCUGUGGGGUGUGCCCGGUAGAGCUGUACAGGCAGCCUCCUGGGUGGCAUCCUUACUUGAUGCCCGAACCACCGGAACUGGCUCCUCUUGAUCCGGAGAAGCAGCGACUCUACUCCGAGGUUUUCCUGGAUUACUGAACUCCUCACCCUGUCCCUAAAGGUUAGUCCAGCAACCCCGCGGAGAAGCCUCAUUUCUGUCGCUUGCACUUGCAAUCCCGUCCUUUUGGUCAUUACCCAACAUUCAUGACCAUAGGUGAGGAUGGGGAGGUAGACUGACGUGUAAACCGUGAGUCUUGUCUGAGGGCACAGCUCCCGCUUCACCACCACGGACAGACACAGUGCCCGCAAUACUGUAGUGAUCCUCCUGUCAAUCUCAUGCUCCCCUUUUCCAUCACUCAUGAACAACACCCCGAGAUACGUAAAUCCCUUCACUAAAGGCAGCUGCUCCCACUCUAACCGAUUUUCAGAGAGAGAACCAUAGUCACAGACUGAUUACUGAUCCUCAUCCUAGCCACUUCAAACUCAGCAGCAAAAUGCUCGAGUGUGUGUUGGAGAUCACAGUCGGAUGGGGCAAGAAGCACAACAUCACCUGCAUACAGCAGUGAUGCCACCUCCAAACCCCCAAAGUGCAUACUGUCUCUACCUUGGCUGCGCCAUGAUAUCCUGUCCGUGAAAAUCACAAACAGGAGUGAGGACAAGACACCCUUGGCGGAGUCCAGCACCCAUGUUGAACGGCUCAAUUUAACACAGAGAAUACAGACACAGCUCUCGCUUUGGUAUUAAAAGGACUGGAUGGCACGCAUAAGCGGCCCCGGUACCCCAUACUCCCUCAACAACUCCCACGAGACCCGUGGAACACGGCCAUAUGCCUUCUACAAGGCCACAAAACACAUGUAGACUGGAUUAGCAUAAUCCCAUGCCCCCUCAAAUAUCUGUAAAUGGACAAAGAGCAAGUCCAUUGUUCCACGGCCUGGACGGAAUCCACAUUGUUCCUCCUGAAUCCGAAGUUCAACUAUGGGAAGAAUUCUCAUCUCCAGCACUCUGGCAUAGGCUUUACCAGGGAGACUGAGAAGUGUGAUACCUCUGUAGUUGGAAUACACCCUCUGGUCCCCUUUCUUGAAGAUGGGGACAACCACCCCAGUUUGCCAAUCCAGUGGAACUGAACCCACCUUCCACGCAACAUUGAAGAGGUGCGUCAGCCACUUCACCCCAACAUUGGCUAGCGCUUUCAACAUCUCCAGACGAAUCUCGUCUACCCCUGCAGCUUUACCGCCAUAGAGGCCCUUGACCACAGCACCAACCUCAGCUACAACGAUGGAGCUGAUCUUGCCAGAGCUAUCCAUCACUGUUGGAGGGUGUGUCCACCAGGUUGAGGAGUUCCACAAAGUGUUCCUUCCACCUCUCAAAGAUCUCCUCAUUAGUGGACAGUGUUUCCCCACUUUUGCUGAGAACAGCUUGGGUGCUGUCCUGCUGUCCCCUCGUAAGGCCCGAAUAGGUUGCCAUAGCAACUUUGAAGCCAUCCAAUAAUAAUUCUCCAUGGCCUCUCCAAACUCCUCCCAUAUUCAAGCUUUCACUCUGGUGACCUCCCCUGCUGCAGCCCUCUUGGCCAUCCUAUACCUCUCAAUCGACUCCGGAGACCUAUGCCCAAGCAUUGCUUGGAAGGCCUCCUUUUUCGACUUGACCGCUUCCCUCACCGCCGGUGUCCACCAGUGGGUCCUGGGGUUGCCACCUUGACAGGCACCAGUCACUUUCAUGCCACAGCUUGUUGAGGCCGCCUCCACAAUUGAGGUCUUGAAUAAGGUCUAUUCAGACUCAAUGUCCUUGGCCUCAGUUGGGAUACAGCAUCGUCAGCUAGACAUUUCCAGCAACCCUCGCUGCUCAUUUGUGUCUCCCGGAUCUAUCUGGUCGGCGUCCUGUUCGUUGGAUCCAACUCGCCACCAGCUAUAAAGUCAAUUAUUGACCUUCGGUGCAAGGUGCUAUGGUACCAAGUACACUUAUGAGUAUCCUUGGGCUUGAACAUGGUGUUUGUUAUGGACUAGCACAGAAGUCCAAUUACAACUCACCGCUCAGCUUGAGAUUGGAGAGGCCGUUCUUCCCAAUCACCCCUUCCCCCUCCAAGUAUCUCCAUCGUUCCCUACGUGUGCGUUGAAGUCUCCUAGUAAGACUACAAUGUCGGUAGGCUGCACCCCAUCGAGCACCAUACCUACCUUCUCCAAGAAGGCCGGAUACUCUGAGCUGCUGUUUGGCGCAUAUGCAUAGACAGCAGUCAAAGACACGAAGCCUCAUCCAGGCGACCCUGUCGUCUACAGGGACAAACUCCAACUGUGUGGCACCCAGCCUGGGACUUGUGAGUAUCCCCACACCUGCCUGGGGCCGCUCACAUAGGUCCACUCCGGAGUAGGAGAGAGACCACCCCCGAUCAAGAAUUUUUGUUCCAGAGCUAUGCGUGGAGGUGAGACCAACUAUAUCUAGUCGGUACCUUUCCACCUCCUCCACAAGCUCCGGCUCUUUCCCCACCAAUGCGUCAAAAUUACUAUAACAUGCAGUAAGCAGUAAUAAACUAAACAAAGUCAGUAUUUGGUGUGACAACGCUUUUGCUUUUUCCCCCCUUAAAUAGUAGUCCCAGGUACAAUUUGUGCAAUUUUAUAAAGAAAUGAGCUGGUAUGUUUUACUGAGAGUCUUGGAGAAUCUGACACACAGUUCUUCUGGAGACUUUGACUGUCACACUUGAUUCUUAUUUUUGCAGCAAAGCCCAGCAGCCUUCUUUAUGCUUUUGUUUGAAAAAUGGUCUCUUACAUAAUAUGUUGCUUUCUUUGCUGACAUACAAAAUAUUUAUCUGUAAGAUUAUUUUUUGGAAAAGUAAUGUUUGGAAAUCUAAAAUGGUUUUGUAUGGACUCAAUAUUGCUGAAUUCAUAAAAUAAAUAUCUAUGACACAAUUUGUACAAAAAAAAGUAGGAUGACUAAGACUUCUGCACAGUACUGUGUGAUAUAUAUAUAUAUAUAUAUAUAUAUAUAUAUAUAUAUAUAUAUAUAUAUAUAUAUAUAUAUAUAUAUAUAUAUAUAUAUAUAUAUAUAUUACACACAUAUAUAUAAUAUGUGUUUCAUAAGAAAGGGCUACAUCACUUCUUAAUGAAUGUAGAUUUUCACUGCCAUGAUGUUUAUCCUUUGUAUAAUAUACAGUAUGUAUGUGCCUAAUAAAACGGCAGAGAUGGACUGAUCACUGAAACGUCUGUUCACCAACAAGUAUAAGAGACAAAUGUACAUAUUUGAAAUAUACAAAUGUAUAUUUCUUUGGGUGCAGCCAAUUGUUAUGUUAUAAAUAUUAUAUAGUAUGUGUAUUAUAUUUAUAAAUUGUUCGAAACAAACUGGCAGUGGAAUUGUGAACAAUCUGGGUUUUGUUUCAAAUAUUUUACUUGUGAGACAUGUAGGUUAACAUUCAUUUACCUACCAGUACAGGGAACAAGCACUCUGUAAUUACAGUAUUUCAUUUUCUUAGCAAA